AUGCAAAUAAGACAUUACCUGUUGCUAGUGUUGUCUGUAUUCGCGCUCCUCUUUGUCUCCGUCCAGGGCGAUGAGGCCGACAGCUCGGAGCAAACAUGUACAUGGAGCGAUCGUCACAAUUGUGGUGGUGUAUAUCGAGACGCAAACCUGAAAGAAAUGCAAGUCAAUCUUGUAGGAAGGGAGCCUGAAAGUUUCUUCGCUUAUGUCCAUCCGGACAUUUCAACAUUCUACAACAAGACGGAGGGUUCAAUGGCAAUCACAGAAACCAAGUUUAAUGGUAUGAUGGGAAAAUUUGUGAACAUGGCAGCCACGCCUAUUACAAUCUACUGGAAGUCGCAUGAUCCACGCCAAGAACCAGUAUACAUAUCUCAGAUUGAAGCCUAUGGGGCCGCUGGAACUGCAACCUAUCCUGGCCACGUCUUCCUUGUCACACCGCUCGGAGACUCCUCUAUAGUUUUACAUGAAUUUCAGGUCGUGAAAGGAAACUCGCUGUACAUUUAUGAUCCAAUUGGAUCUUUGAAAGAAGCACAAAAAACGUUACCAUCACCAGAGCUAGAACGAUACAAACUUCAAUACGACAAUCUUGCCUUCAACAACCUCUACGAGCAAUUCACUGGCCGCCAAUGGCUAGCUCUUUAUGGAAGAAAAGAAGCUCCAAGAUACUACAUGUGGCCAGCAGAAUCCUUUGGGCAAGUGCAUACAGUAGUGACGAAGGAGACUCAUCUCCUGGAGCUUCCUUCAGAUGACCGUUUCGAAAAAAUGAUCCCACUAAACUGCCACGAUCCUGAACUUCGCGAAGCUCUUCAGCAGUACAAAGGAUCUGAAGAAACCCUGAUUUUGAACAUGACUGUUGUUAGUGUGGCACCAAGAGUAUUUGAAAUCAAGAACUUCCUCUCCCCCGCCGAAGUACAGCACGUUUUGGAAGUUGCACUUGGAAUGAAACUCUCUCAAUCGACAACCAAAGCUGGCAGUGUUGGACAAGAAAGAACAGAUGAUGCCACUCGUACUUCCAAGAACUCUUGGCUAUCACGGCACCGAUCGCCUAUCAUCGACUCCAUCAUUCGGCGUUCGGCAGAUCUAUUGCAGAUGGAUGAAGCACUAUUCCGUCGCCGAAACAAGGACGAAGAAUACCUCGUUCCUGAGACAAAGAUUCCAAUAAGUGAAAGGCUCCAGUUAGUUCAUUAUGACGUCGGGCAGCAGUACACGCCUCACCAUGAUUUCUCAAUCCCGAGUACAAAACAUGGCCAACCAAGUCGUUUUGCUACAAUCCUUUUCUACUUGAACGACGUUCAAUCGGGAGGAGAAACGUCUUUCCCGAGGUGGAUGAAUGGAGAAAAAAAGGAUAUUUUAAGGGUAGCACCAGAAGUUGGUAAAGCGGUUCUCUUCUACAAUCAACUCCCGGAUGGAAAUUACGAUGAACGAUCGCAGCACGCUGCUCUUCCAGUUGGGAAAGGAGAAAAAUGGCUCACCAAUUUAUGGGUUUGGGACCCUCAUAUGUAA